AUGGAGUUGGUCAAUGGGACUGCAGCCCAGGAAUUCAUUUUGCUGGGAUUUGGAAUGGAUCAGCAAAAACGCUUCUUAUUGCUUGUAUUCUUGAUUAUACUUUAUGUUCUAACAUUGGUUGAAAACAGCACCAUUAUAACCCUGGUCUGUCGAUAUACCCAUCUGGGCCAAGUUCCCAUGUACAUCCUUCUGAGAAACUUUUCCUGGCUGGAGAUGUGCUAUGUGACCAGCACAAUUCCCCGUAUGAUUUUUGAUCUUGCGACCCAUAACCAGGUUAUCUCUUUCCAUGCUUGCUUCCUCCAGUUCUAUCUCUUGUUCUCUCUUGGCACCACUGAAUUCUUCUUCCUUUCAGCCAUGGCUUUAGAUCGAUACUUAGCCAUCUGCUACCCAUUACAGUACCAGAACAUCAUGUCCCCACAUUCCUGUUAUAUUCUGGUAACCAUUUGUUGGAUCCUUGGUUUCUUGGGGUACAUCACACCUGUUGUUUUGAUUUCUAAGUUAUCCUUCUGUGGACCCAACAUUAUUGACCAUUUUCUGUGUGACCUUGUUCCGCUGCUAUCUGUGGCUUGUCCUCCAUUUGGAAAAGCUCCAUUGAUUUGUCAAAUUAUUGUGAACAUUCUGUUUUUAAGCAAUGUAUUAUUUGUUAUGCUAUCCUAUAGCACUGUGAUUUAUACUUUGAUGAAAUCCUCCAGUAAAGGGAAUUGUAGGAAGGGCUUCAACACUAUAUCUAUGCAUCUUUUGGUGGUGACACUUUUCUUUAGCACAGUAGGAGCAAUGUAU